AUGACGGAGCGGAAGAAAACGGGCGCCACCGCACUCUUCGUGGCUCUUUUGCUCGUUCGGAUUGGGCUCACCGGAGCGGAAGUAAUCGGAGAGCAAGCACCGUGAGUUUGGUUUGGUUGGGGACUCGAUCAAGCGGAUCCUUGCAGAAAGUUCCGAGUGCUCCGUGCUCAUGCCGCCGACGUCCUCCAGCUGAAUGCUCUUCGGAAGAUUCACGCAAAGACUCAGCAUGACGUACGUUGCUUAUUUGGGUCAGAUCUAUGCUCAAACCAAACUCUUUUUCAGCUAGACUUCUGGCAAACUCCCUCAAAAGUGGGUCAUCGUGCCGAUAUAAUGGUGGACGAGGACAAGAUGGAAUGGCUCAGCGGAGUGCUCAAAAGCUCGAACAUCACUUAUGACGUUAUCAUUGAUGACGUGCAGAAACUGAUUAUGGAGAAGGAGCACGGGCCGCCGAGAUUCUCGAAAAUGCUCUUCUCGAAACGAAUGCACAACGAAGGAGGCAACAGAGCGAGGGUAAGCAAAAAGAUCGAUAAAAGACCCAUCGAGUUCUGUUCAUGUUACAGUACCAAUUCGGAGAGUACCACGGCUAUCAGACGAUCGUUGACUGGAUGCGAGACAUCGAACGGAAGUACCCGCAAAGAGCGAAGGUGUUCACGAUGGGAACGACCGAGGAGGGCCGCCCGAUUCAGGGGAUCAAGAUCGGCAGCCAGGUGUGGCGAAACGAUAAGAGAAUCUUCUGGAUCGACGGAGGGAUCCACGCGAGAGAGUGGGCCGCCGUGCAUACCGCCUUGUGGUUCAUAGACAGAGUGAGUCUUCUUCCUAGAUACGGGCGACGUUCUUUGCAGGAUGGCCCCCAAUCGGUCAUCAUGCAGAAGACAUCGCUCGUAUCACUUUCAGACUGGGGUAAAUAGUAGUAGUAGGAAUAUUUGGAUGAAUUAUCUGUGUCUGACAAUCGAAGAAGAGUCUUAAGUACAGUUGAAUAAUGAAUACCGAAUAUCGGCUCCCAUGAUCUGAUUUGCAAACCAAAUCGUUAGUCCAAAUGCUAACAGACUUGGUACUAGAGUCUAGUGCAGAUUUGUCGAAAAUUCCGUUUGUUUUCAGCUCAUCGCCGACUACGACGACGAUCCGCUGAUCCGAACGGCCGUCGACCGUCUCAACUUCUACAUCCUCCCGGUCGCCAACCCGGACGGUUACGAGUACUCGAGAAGCGAUGUGUCUCCGAUGGUGAGAUCUCCGAAAACAGAAGAACGCCCGUAUCAAUCGCCUUCUCAGAUCCGUCUCUGGCGCAAGAAUCGUGCUGGCGUCGUGUGCAAAAAAGACCGUUGGUACCGGGACAGAUGUUGCGGAGGAGUCGAUUUGAACAGAAACUACGACUGGCACUUUGGAGGUACCUAGCAGCAAUUCAGUGAACAAUAAAAUAUUAUGGACACUUUCUAACAGAAACUGGGUCAAGUACGGAUAAAUGCUCGGAAAUCUAUCAGGGAAGUUCGGCGUUCAGUGAGGCUGAGUCCAGGUACUUUAAACUGAAUUAAAUAAUUUUGAUUGAAUCGAAAUCGCAAUUACAAUCGCAAUCACAAUCACAAUCACAGAUCAAUGAGAAACUUCCUGACGUCUCCUGAACUGAACGGUAAAAUUGACGGAUUCAUAACUCUUCACACGUAUUCCCAAAUGUGGAUCCAUCCGUAUUCCCACGAGAGAAAGAGUGUCCCCGCCGACAUUGCCGACUUGGUAAACGAAAUGUAAUAGAGCCUUGAGCUCACUCGAACAUUUUCAGCAAAGAGUAGGAAGAGCGGCGGUGGCCGCGCUGGAGAACACGUUCGGAACCAAGUACAAGUUCGGAACAGGAUCGGAUAUUCUUUGUGAGUCCGAGAAGACGAAGACAAAGUUGUACGUCUCCUUCAGAUCCAUCAUCGGGAGGAUCGGACGAUUGGGCGAAGGGAGCGCUCCGCAUCAAAUACGUUUAUUUGCUUGAGCUGAGACCCGGAGAGGACGGUAAGAGGAUCUUUUCUCUCGGAUAGUUGGAUUAAACCCAAUUCAGUGUGGGACGGUUUCAUUCUUGACCAACAUCAGUUGGUGCCGACGGCUAGAGAAACGUGGAACGGCAUAAAGGUGGUCGUGAGAGCGGUCGCCGAUCACGCAGGUAAGUCCGUUGCUCCUCUCGUUUCGUUGAUUCCGGAAUGCGCUCUUCCGCUGCAUGCAAUUCAUUUCUCUCUCAGUUUCCGAUCCUAUCGCUUCGAACUUGCGUACGUGGCAACCUUCCCCGCUACCUCCCCCGACUACAACUACGACCACGACAACAGAAGCCCCAACAACUCCACCUCCUCCUCCUCCUCCUCCUCCGACGACGACGGCGCCAUUCUCAAGUAUCUUUAUCGUCACCGAGUCCACUCCACUUUCCACCACCACGCCCACACAUCUUGACGCUUUCUAUAAGCUUGGCAAACGCCGCUUCAAGUUCGUCUCCAUCAAAACGUUCUUGCCCACCCAGCCCACAACGCCUUUGCCGCCUUCCCUGACCACCGAUGCACCAUCACCGCCCCCCGCUUUCUCACCCACUCUGCCAGCUUUUCACUUUCCCCAGCCAGCGUUUGUCACUGUCGUCGUUCCGAACGAAAACGAGGUCGUCAUCGAUGAUUUUGAAGGCGUCACAUCAGCUUCUCGUGCCCUGCCUGCGUUCGUUCGACGGCCGAGCGGAGGAAGUUUUGCGAGAACGGUGAGCAUGGCGCCGUGGCCGCUUUUGCCCCCUCUCUCGUUCUUACUGUAGUUUUGUGAAUGUGCAGAGUGCUCGUCGUCCGGGAGUAGGCCGCCAAUUCGUCCGUCGUCCCGGUAGCUUCUCGCAGCAGAGACCACUACAGUUUCGGAAUAGUAAGCAUGCUUUAUGACACUUUUACUCACUUUCAUUGCGCCGUUUAUUUGAACUCCAGAAACGCAUAACUUUUAGGAUCCUCAAACAGUGGACAGGGACAGAGUUUUGUGGUUCAGCGCCCAGCAGUAAGCGCAAGGCCGGUCCUUCAGACUAAUGACAAGCUUCAGGACCCGUCUCCGUCGCGUGUUGGAUGCUCGGAUCGGUCCGCGUGGUGUGCAUCUUGGCUGGCCGGAAAUCCACGCGUUUGCGAGAUAUCAUCCAUCUACAUGCGUCAGGACUGCGCCAGAACUUGCGGAUUCUGCCAGUGA